AUGGUAGAACAAUAUGAUGAUAUCAUAAAAAAUCAAACUACAAGUAAUUCAAUAGAGAGAGUAGAGGAACCAGUAAAUCUCCCCAUUACCUCCCAUCAUGCAGUAAAGAAAGACUCUGUCACCACACCAAUAAGGGUGAUCUUCAGUUGCAGUUCAUGGGCAGUCAAGGAAGCAAGCAGUCUAAAUGACUGUUUGUAUACGAAACCCAACUUAAGUGAGAAUUUGCUUGAUGUAUUGGUGAAAUUUCGUCUGAAACCAUAUGCCUUGGUAGCCGACAUAUCUAAAGCAUUCUUAAGAAUAGUUUUAAAGGAAGAAAACAGAGACUUCAUGAAGUUCUUAUGGCUGAGAGAUCCGAGUGAAGAGAAUAGUCCUUAG